AUGGUUGAACCAAAAGCUAACAAUCCUGUGGAUAUCAGUUGCCGACUGCACGGCAAACAAACGGAUGUCCGUAGCGGCCGAUCCAUGAAUGUUAUCCCACCGGACAGUCAGCCUGUGGCCACAAAUGAAUGUCCGGGCCAUGGGGACAGUCGUCUCAAAUUCAUUCGUGUAUUGUAUGUCACGAAUGUCUGUAACUGUAUAUUGGCUUCACUUUUAUGGUGUAUAUCCCUCAUCGAUAACCAUUGCUUACGUAACAUACCGUUCCUGAUUACCACUGCCUACGUACUACUGGUGCUCGCGAUGUGUACCGAUAACAUCAUAGGGGACGACUACUCCACUCGACUCAUGUAUGUUGAAAAGGGUGUUCCCGAUAAUUGCUGCCAAUUGUAUAGUCAACUGCCGUAUAAUUACUUUCUACUACCGUUCCUCAUCACCACACUAUUCACGAUAAUAUCGGCA